AUGGAACCACAGUUCGAAAUAAAUCAGUCCAUCCAAUUCCAAUCAUGUCACACCUCAUCCUCUUGGGAUAAUGGAGUCAUCACCACCAUAUUUACAAAUAGAACGCCUAUUCAAUAUGUAGUUCAAACAUCAAAUAACGAGAAACUCUACCUCAAUGAGCAACAAAUCAAGGCAAUCAAGACAAUCAAAUCGGCAGCAAAAACACCUCAAGUCUCUUAUAACAUUGAAUUCUAACGAAUACUCUCGCAAUUAAUUAUGCAAAAGAAUGAAGACCAACUGAUUGAAGAGUUGAAAUCUCUGCUCAAACGUAUCACACCCUAACAAGUUAUGUAAGAACAGAAUGGAGCCAAGAUCAUUUACACCACCUACCAAUUUCUAAUCAUGAGAAAACCUUCCAUUCUCAGGAAUUACCCCUUUGCUCCCACAAAUCCAGUACUCAAACAACUCAAGAAACUAAUUUAUGCAAUCAAAAAAGAAGUGCUUCUAAAUUCGAACUUAAUUUAAUCACAAACUCACUCCAACUCCAACGCAGAUUCAUUUAAGCACAUCAAACUCAAAAAACAACUACAAAAACAAUCACGCAAAAUGACUCAAAUUUACGAUGACUCAGAAAAAGAAGAACAACCUACUGCCUUCUAUGCCAAUUUAUUGCCCAACAAAUCAGCAUUCCGACCCUACAAAUCUGAUUCUAUGAAUCAUCAAUUUGAAUAAUUAUCUAUUUAAACUAAACCCUCACCCAAAAUCGAUUAAAUUAAAACUAUCUAUUUCAAACCCAUUAUUAUAUAAGGACUGCUAUGUUGA